AUGAGAGAAGAAUACGUCCGCAGCAACUCCGUCGCAGGCGAGCCCUCCACUGCGUACCACCCGUCUCCAGUAUCUUUCUGUGUAGACAUCCCCUUCAGCUCUGUUCGCAGCAGCAAACUGCAGCAGCAACAGCAGGAGCAGCAACAGACAGUAGAAACGGGGGCAGAAGUCGGCAAGGAAUUCUCCCAGCAAAGCCGUUCUGUGAACUCUAUGCACGAUCCACAGCCACAGGGGUCCUGCGUUGUGCCGCUGCCUUCGUUUCUGUCUCUGGAGACGGCUGCAGCUAGAGAUAGGCGGCUACAGCAGCAGCUGCAGCAGCAGCCGUUGCUCUCUACUCCUGCCUGGGGGGAGCCGGUAACAGCAGAUAUUACUGCACUAGAUAUUGAAAGGGCAGCAGACGCCGCUGCUCAGCGGGCUGAAGCUCAGCGCAAUCGUUCUAUGCUUGCUGCUGCUGUUGUUUCUGCCCGCGCUGCUUCUGCUGUCGGCGUCGCAGAGGCAGUUGCUGCUGCAGCUGAGGCCCGUGCAGCAGCGUCAGCUGAUGCUCCUACAACUCGUAAGGCGCCCUUUUCUUCUGCAGCUACGCGGCUGCGCUCUGCCCUAUCCCGGUUUCCUCAUGCGGGCAAUAAGGAGCAGGAACCACAACAAGCAGCAGCGACGGGAGCAGCAGCAGCAGCGGCAGCAGCAGACGGCUCUCCUACAAGCUAUGAAGUUGACAGCCCUUCUGCCGCAGCAGCAGGUGCUGCUGCUCCUGGAGAGGCGGUGGAGGAGGCAGCGCCAGCAGCACGCGCGGCUUAUCGCUCGGAGGCGCAACACUCUGCUUCUCGUCCUGAAGAGGAGUCAAGAGGACCGCAAAGGGCACCUUCGUCUCUGGCGUGUUCAUUUCCUAUAGAGUCAUCGGGUCUAAAGGAAAUUGCAACAGCGACAGAGAGAGAUGAAAAUGAAGCAAGCGCAGUCGAGAUGUCCUCCUUGGUUUCAGUUCUUCCCUUUGAGAGUUGCUGGCGUCUUUCGGGCUGCUUGAAAAUUUGCCUCGUCGUUGAGCCUUUGCCUGGGGAGCGUCACCCCUCUGCAGGCCCCAAGUCAGCAGGCAAAGAGUGGAUGGGAAUACAGCGCGCGAAAGUUGAAAGCAGAUUGCAGCAGCCAACCGACGGGGUGUAUGUACACCGCAAGCUGCCGUCUCUUGAGGAGGCCUUGCUGCAGCCGCAGUGCAGUUCUUCUGUGGGGCUUCACUUCCAGGGGCCUCAAGGUGAAGGGGGCCCCCAGGAGGAAGGAGUGGGGGCCCCUCCUGCCCUUGCAGUGCUGGCGCACGUGGCUUUGGCCAGUGUACAGCUCGCGGAUACUAUGAGCGGCGCCUCCGGCAAUAUUUGUUGA